GGUAAGGAAAAGCCGGCCGUGUUUCCUACGAGCGCGGCGAGCUGAAGCGUCCAGGCCUCGCGCUCGCGCAGAACUGUACUCUCCGGGAUUUGUCGGUAAACACAAGGCCGUGUUUGUUGAGCAUUACUGUUUACAGCUUCGGUACUGUUAACAAAUGUAUGGAAGAUUAUGACCCAUCAUAUAUAGCGGUAAAGACUUCAUGAACCUACAAGAGGACCAGUGACAGCUCAUAUUCUUCUCUCUCAUCUGACCGGCGGAAGCUGUCACUGGGUGUCAUGGCUGAUGUGGACCCAGACACAUUGCUGGAAUGGCUACAGAUGGGGCAGGGUGACGAGCGGGACAUGCAGCUAAUUGCUCUUGAGCAGCUCUGCAUGCUACUGCUUAUGUCAGAUAAUGUAGAUCGCUGCUUUGAGACGUGUCCUCCACGAACAUUUCUUCCAGCUCUUUGUAAGAUCUUCCUGGAUGAAAGUGCCCCUGACAAUGUUUUGGAAGUGACAGCCAGGGCCAUCACCUAUUACUUAGAUGUGUCGGCUGAGUGCACACGCAGGAUAGUUGGAGUGGAUGGAGCCAUCAAGGCUCUGUGUAACCGAUUGGUGGUGGUAGAGCUCAACAAUAGGACUAGCAGAGAUCUUGCAGAGCAGUGUGUAAAGGUGCUGGAACUGAUCUGCACCCGAGAGUCUGGUGCUGUAUUUGAGGCUGGAGGGCUGAACUGUGUUUUGAGUUUCAUUCGGGACAGUGGUCACCUGGUGCAUAAGGACACACUGCACUCAGCCAUGGCAGUGGUGUCUCGACUCUGCAGUAAGAUGGAGCCACAAGACUCGUCCCUUGAGACAUGUGUGGAGUCCUUGUCUAGUCUUCUCAAGCAUGAAGAUCACCAGGUUUCUGAUGGAGCACUCCGCUGCUUUGCAUCUCUGGCUGAUCGUUUCACACGGCGAGGUGUAGAUCCAGCUCCACUGGCCAAGCAUGGCCUGAGUGAGGAGCUUCUUUCGCGUAUGGCUGCUGCAGGAGGUUCAGUCGCUGGUCCUUCUUCUACCUGCAAAACAGGCAGAACAUCUACAGGUGGUGCACCCUCUGCCCCAGACUCCAAACUUAGCAACCAGGUGUCCACUAUCGUCAGUCUACUGUCUACACUGUGCAGGGGCUCACCACUCGUCACUCACGACCUGCUGCGUUCAGAACUACCUGAUUCAAUGGAGAGUGCCCUGCAAGGUGACGAACGUUGUGUGCUGGAUACAAUGCGCUUGGUUGACCUGCUGUUAGUUCUUCUGUUCGAGGGCCGCAAGGCGCUGCCUAAAUCCACAGCUGGUGCGGGUGGGCGUAUUCCAGGCCUACGACGCCUUGACAGCUCUGGAGAGCGCUCACAUCGUCAGCUCAUUGACUGUAUUCGUAGCAAGGAUACAGAUGCGCUCAUUGAUGCCAUUGACACCGGCGCAUUUGAAGUUAAUUUUAUGGAUGAUGUGGGACAGACACUUUUGAAUUGGGCCUCAGCGUUUGGUACACAGGAAAUGGUGGAGUUCUUGUGUGAGAGAGGUGCUGAUGUCAAUAGAGGCCAAAGAUCUUCGUCCCUGCAUUAUGCUGCCUGUUUUGGGCGACCGCAAGUAGCUAAGACUUUACUACGUCAUGGAGCUAACCCUGAUCUGAGGGAUGAAGAUGGUAAAACUCCUCUGGACAAGGCCAGGGAGAGGGGCCAUAGUGAGGUUGUAGCAAUUCUCCAGUCCCCUGGAGACUGGAUGUGCCCAGUGAACAAGGGGGAUGACAAGAAAAAGAAGGAUGUGAACAAGGAGGAGGAAGAGGGCAGUGAUCCAAAAGGAGACCCUGAGAUGGCACCCAUCUAUCUGAAAAGGCUGCUUCCAGUAUUUGCACAAACCUUUCAGCAAACCAUGCUGCCUUCAAUAAGGAAAGCUAGUUUAGCGCUGAUCAGGAAGAUGGUUCAUUACAGUUCUGAAGUACUGCUUAAGGAAGUCUGCGACUCUGAUGCUGGACACAAUCUGCCCACCAUUCUGGUAGAAAUCACUGCUACUGUGCUGGACCAGGAGGAUGAUGAUGAUGGUCACUUGCUGGCACUGCAGAUCAUAAGAGAUUUGGUGGAUAAAGGGGGCGAUGUGUUCUUGGACCAACUGGCUAGACUUGGUGUCAUCAAUAAGGUGUCCACUCUGGCAGGACCUACUUCAGAUGAUGAGAAUGAGGAAGAACCAAAACCAGAGAAGGAGGACGAACCCCAGGAAGAUGCCAAAGAGAUUCAGCAGAGUAAGCCUUACCAUUGGCGGGACUGGUCCAUUAUCAGAGGGAGGGACUGUUUAUAUAUAUGGAGUGAUGCUGGCCUGGAGCUUUCCAAUGGUAGCAAUGGCUGGUUUCGCUUCAUCUUGGAUGGCAAAUUGGCUACUAUGUACUCCAGUGGCAGCCCAGAGGGAGGCUCUGACAGUUCAGAGAGUCGGAGUGAGUUUUUGGAAAAGCUUCAACGUGCCCGAAGUCAAGUAAAGCCGGUCACAUCUAGCCAACCCAUUCUGUCAACAGUGGGACCCACAAAACUCACUGUGGGCAACUGGUCACUCACAUGCCUAAAGGAAGGGGAGAUAGCCAUUCAUAACUCAGAUGGUCAGCAGGCCACCAUCCUGAAAGAAGAUCUACCAGGCUUUGUGUUCGAGUCUAACCGAGGAACCAAGCACUCUUUUACUGCUGAAACGUCUCUUGGUUCAGAGUUUGUGACAGGCUGGACUGGAAAACGAGGACGGAAGCUCAAAUCUAAAUUGGAAAAAACAAAACAAAAGGUGAAGACAAUGGCUAGAGAUUUGUAUGAUGACCAUUUUAAGGCUGUAGAAAGUAUGCCUAGGGGAGUAGUUGUCACUUUGAGAAACAUUGCCACUCAGCUUGAAUCUGCCUGGGAGCUGCAUACCAACAGACAGUGUAUGGAGGGAGAGAACAUGUGGCGAGACCUUAUGAAAACGGCUUUAGAAAAUUUGAUUGUGGUUCUCAAGGAUGAGAACACCAUUUCCCCCUAUGAAAUGUGCAGCAGUGGGCUUGUUCAAGCACUUUUUACUGUUCUGAAUAAUAGUGUGGACCUUGAUAUGAAACAUGAUUGUAAGCAAUUGAUGGAGAGAAUAAAUGUGUUUAAAACUGCAUUUAGUGAAAAUGAAGAUGAUGAAAGCCGACCCGCAGUUGCCUUAAUUCGCAAAUUAAUAGCAGUGCUAGAGUCUAUAGAACGGCUACCUCUUCAUUUGUAUGAGACACCCGGCUCAGCAUGCAACCUUCAGAUUCUGACUAGGAGGCUCCGUUUCCGAUUAGAGCGGGCUCCAGGUGAGACAGCCUUAAUUGAUCGGACUGGCAGAAUGCUCAAGAUGGAACCUUUGGCUACAGUUGAGUCUCUAGAGCAGUAUCUGCUUAAGAUGGUGGCAAAGCAGUGGUAUGACUUCGAUAGGUCCUCCUUCAUCUUUGUAAGGAAGUUGAGAGAAGGUCAAAGUUUUACCUUUAGACAUCAGCAUGACUUUGAUGAGAAUGGCAUUGUGUAUUGGAUUGGCACAAAUGCAAAGACUGCAUAUGAGUGGGUGAAUCCUGCAGCUUAUGGUCUGGUUGUGGUGACUUCGUCAGAGGGUAGGAAUUUGCCCUAUGGGCGUCUAGAGGACAUCCUGAGUAGAGACAGCUCAGCCCUCAACUGUCACACCAAUGAUGACAAAAAUGCCUGGUUUGCUGUGGACCUGGGCCUCUGGGUCAUUCCCUCAGCUUACACGCUACGUCAUGCCCGUGGCUACGGUCGCUCUGCCCUUCGAAACUGGGUUUUCCAAGUGUCUAAGGAUGGCCAGAACUGGAUGACUUUUUACACCCAUGUGGAUGAUGGCAGCCUCAAUGAACCGGGGUCAACUGCUACAUGGCCGUUGGACCCAUCCAGAGAUGAGAAACAUGGCUGGAGACACAUCCGUAUUAAACAGAUGGGGAAGAAUGCUAGUGGACAAACACACUACCUCUCACUGUCUGGAUUAGAGAUCUAUGGCACAGUCACUGGUGUUUGUGAAGAUCAGCUUGGUAAAGCUGUGAAGGAAGCAGAAGCUAACCUGCGUCGGCAACGCCGCCUCUUCCGCUCUCAGGUAAUGAAGUACAUAGUCCCUGGGGCUCGGGUGGUACGUGGCAUUGACUGGAAGUGGAGAGAUCAGGAUGGCAACCCUUCUGGAGAGGGCACUGUGACUGGAGAGGCCCAUAAUGGCUGGAUUGAUGUCACCUGGGAUGCUGGUGGCUCAAAUUCCUACCGCAUGGGUGCAGAAGGGAAGUUUGACCUGAAAUUAGCACCGGGGUACGACCCCGAGUCGGCGCCGUCACCCAAAACUGUUUCGUGCGCUGUUGCAGGACCACCGACUCCCUGGAGCAGCCUUGCCAAAAACAACUGUCCAGACAGGGUUGGCCAGUCACUGGCAUCUUCUGGUCGCAAAGGCAGUAGCAGCUCGGCAUGCAGCGAUGUUGGCCUUGGCUCUGCUCGCAGACUUGAGGGCUUGUCUGAGCAGGGCACACUUGAGGGGGGUGGACUCACGGGGACAGAGGGACAGGAGCCACUUGUGGUUCUCUCCACAGUCGAGGGUGGUUCUGCAUCCUGCGAAAAUGCUGAUCCCAAGAGUGAAUCAACAGCCAUCUCUGUGGGGCCAGUUAGCGUCAGUUCACCUGAUGUCAGCUCUGUCUCUGAUUCAUCUGGUAAAGCUGCGGUGUCCCAGAGGCCCCUGGGCCCAGGCACUGGUGCUCGCCUUUCAGUCAGCUCACUGCUUGCAGCUGGUGCUCCUAUGAGUUCCAGUGCUAGUGUUCCUAACCUGUCAUCACGUGAGGCCAGUCUCAUGGAGUCAUUUGUGCGCCGCGCUCCCAACAUGGCACGCACCAACGCCACCAACAACAUGAACCUGAGCCGUAGCAGCAGUGACAACAAUACCAACACAAUUGGCCGCAAUGUUGCAGCUGCAUCCGCCUCUCCUCUAAUGGGUGCACAGAGCUUUCCUAACCUUACUACCACUGGUACCACCUCAACUGUUACAAUGUCCACCUCCAUAGUAACCAGCAGCAAUAAUGUAGCCACAGCCACUACAGGUUUGUCUGUUGGCCAGUUGCUCAGUAACACUCUGACGACAAGCCUGACCUCAACAUCUAGUGAGAGUGACACAGGUCAGGAGGCAGAGUUUUCACUCUAUGACUUUUUAGAUAGCUGUCGGGCAAAUACGUUGCUUGCAGAGCUGGAUGAUGAGGAAGAUUUGCCUGAACCAGACGACGAUGAUGAUGAGAACGAAGAUGACAAUCAGGAGGACCAGGAGUAUGAGGAAGUUCUGGAGGAAGAGGAAUAUGAAACCAAAGGGGGUCGGCGUAGAACGUGGGAUGACGACUUUGUGUUGAAAAGACAGUUUUCUGCUUUAGUCCCUGCAUUUGACCCCAGACCAGGCCGAACAAAUGUCCAGCAAACCACUGAUCUGGAAAUCCCUACACCAGGUACACCUCGUUCAGAGGUGCUGGAGGAGGUAGUUUGUGCUCCUUCCCCGCAUCUAGCUCUUAUCUUGAAGGUGGCCGGCCUGGGAACCACAAGGGAAGUUGAGCUACCUCUCACAAACUACAAAUCUACCAUUUUCUACUAUGUCCAAAAGCUGCUGCAGCUCUCCUGUAAUGGCAGCAUCAAAUCUGAUAAACUUCGACGCAUUUGGGAGCCGACAUACACGAUUAUGUACAGAGAGUUGAAGGACUCCGACAAAGAGAAAGAAAGUGGGAAGAUGGGUUGCUGGUCUGUAGAGCAUGUGGAACAGUACCUUGGCACAGAUGAAUUACCAAAGAAUGACUUGAUAACCUACAUGCAGAAGAAUGCAGACUCAACUUUCCUGCGCCACUGGAAAUUAACCGGCACUAAUAAAAGUAUUAGGAAAAACAGAAAUUGUUCACAGCUCAUAGCUGCAUACAAGGAUUUCUGUGAACGGGGAUAUAGAUCUUCAGGACUUGGGUCAGGCUCUCUAGUUGCCACACAGAGCUGUGACAUUUUAAGUGGGGCACGUGAGCAACCACAGGCUAAAGCUGGCUCAGCCCAGAGUGCCUGUGGUGUUGAGGAUGUGCUACAGCUUCUGCGCAUCCUCUUCAUUAUUGGAGGCGAGCCAGCAGUUGGCCUUACACUGCAGGAGGAUUUGGAUGAUCUACAGUUCAAUGCAUCACCUGAGGAGUUCACCAGCAAAAAAAUUACAACCAAAAUUCUGCAACAGAUUGAGGAGCCUCUGGCCUUGGCCAGUGGAGCACUUCCAGAUUGGUGUGAACAGUUAACCAGCAAGUGCCCUUUCCUUAUUCCUUUUGAGACCCGGCAGCUCUUCUUCACUUGCACUGCAUUUGGAGCUUCCAGGGCAAUAGUGUGGCUCCAAAACCGGAGGGAGGCAACCAUGGAGCGCACACGUCCAUCAACUACAGUGAGGCGGGAUGAACCAGGCGAGUUCCGCGUUGGCCGCCUCAAACAUGAGCGUGUCAAAGUACCUCGUGGAGCAAGCAUGAUGGAGUGGGCUGAGAGUAUCAUGCACAUCCAUGCUGACAGGAAGUCUGUACUCGAGGUAGAGUUCCAGGGAGAAGAAGGCACUGGUUUGGGUCCCACAUUAGAGUUCUAUGCCCUUGUGGCAGCCGAGUUCCAGCGAACCUCACUAGGGAUCUGGCUCUGUGAUGAUGAUUUUCCAGAUGAUGAGUCACGCCAAGUGGAUCUUGGCAGUGGCCUGAAACCACCAGGUUAUUAUGUACAGCGCUCGUGUGGCCUUUUCCCUGCGCCCUUCCCUCAGGAUAGUGAUGAGCUGGAGCGCAUCGCCAAGCUUUUUCUCUUCUUGGGCAUCUUCCUGGCCAAGUGUAUACAGGACAACCGCCUAGUAGACCUCCCUGUCUCACAACCUUUUUUUAAGCUACUAUGCAUGGGUGACAUCAAGAGCAACAUGAGCAAACUUUUGUAUGACACACGCUUAGAUUCAGACCACCACUUCUCUUACAUCCACUCAGAGGCCUCCACUGAGGAAGAACCGUAUUUGAUAAGCAGCUUUGAUGAGGAUUCUAAAUCUGAGUUCAUCUUGGACCCACCAAAGCCCAAACCACCUGCAUGGUUUUAUGGCAUCCUAACAUGGGAGGACUUUGAGCUGGUAAAUCCUCACAGAGCACGUUUCCUCAAGGAGCUAAAGGAGUUGGCAGUUAAGAGGAGGCAGAUACUGGGCAAUAAGGGCCUCUCGGAGGAUGAAAAGAACACACGGCUACAGUGCCUCAUGCUGAAGAACCCAGUGGGCUCAGGUCCACCACUGUGUGUGGAAGAUCUAGGAUUAAAUUUCCAGUUUUGUCCCUCAUCCAAAGUGCAUGGCUUCUCAGCAGUGGACCUUAAAUCCAAUGGAGAGGAUGAGAUGGUGACCAUGGACAAUGCAGAGGAGUAUGUGGAGUUAAUGUUUGACUUCUGUAUGCACACUGGUAUACAAAAACAAAUGGAGGCCUUCAGAGAGGGCUUCAACAGAGUGUUCCUUAUGGAGAAACUAAGCUCAUUUAACCAUAAAGAGGUCCAGAUGAUCCUGUGUGGAAACCAGUCUCCAUCCUGGACAGCUGAGGACAUUGUCAACUACACAGAGCCCAAAUUGGGCUAUACUCGGGACAGUCCUGGUUUCUUGCGCUUUGUGCGAGUGCUGUGUGGAAUGUGCUCAGAUGAGAGAAAAGCCUUCCUCCAGUUCACAACAGGGUGCUCAGCUCUACCCCCUGGUGGUCUUGCCAACUUACAUCCUCGUCUCACAAUCGUCCGCAAGGUGGAUGCGACUGAUGCCAGCUACCCUUCAGUAAACACAUGUGUGCACUAUCUAAAGUUGCCAGAGUAUUCCUCUGAGGAGAUCAUGAGAGAGCGUCUCCUUGCUGCCACUAUGGAAAAGGGCUUCCAUCUAAAUUGAGCAUGCUCCCAGCACCGCUGACUGACUCAAUGUGUUAAUGAAGCCUGUUGUGUUUUGUUGCAGAAAAAAAAAAAAAAUACAGUUCUACUCACCCGUU